AUGGACUGUGACUGUGUCCGGGAGUUGGAGAGAACACGUCAGGCGGAGGAGUUGUUCACCUCGGUGUUUCCGGACUCCUCCAAGCUGGAUGCCUAUUCCAUGGCCUUGGACGACAUCCGGGUCUUUGAGGAGGCUGGCCACUCCAAAGAGCACAUUGGCCAGCUGGCGACCUAUGGGUUCGUGAACUUUUCGGGGAUGUGCACGCUUCUGGCAGGCGUUGCGAAGAGAUUGAAGCCAGGGGUGGAUUGGCAGGAGGCCCUUGCCGGCUGCCGCUUCCUGGACCUCGGCUGCGGGGACGCCCGCGCGGUGGUGGCUGCGGCAGUGCUGGUCCGGGGCUUGGAGGCUGUGGGAGUAGAGCUGUCCACGUCUCGCCACGAGCUAGCAGUGCGUAACAGGAGCCGUCUCCCACGGGACCUGCAAGAGAAGGUCCGCCUGGAGCAGAUGGACAUCCUACAGGUGGACACCAGGCAGCUGGGAGCCACGGAGAUCAUUUGGCUUGCAAACUUGCGCUUCCCGGACGAGACAGUGGAUGCCAUCAACGCCUUCCUUGAAGAGCAUUGUGCUCGCGAGGUGGAUGCUGUGGUCGCCACGCUGCGGGAGUGCUCCUUCCAACGCAGCCACGAGAUGUGGACGGAGCAGGUCAGCAUGGCAGCGGUUGCCUUUGUCACUGCGCCAUCAGGCGUGUGGCAUCACAGCCCAGCAUUCAGGUCUGGUAGGCCAGAAGGCCCCUCGGCCUGCGGCGCCGUCGGUGAGAAAGCCGCCUGGUGCGGAGCGCUGGCGCUGGCGCUGUGCCAAAGAUCGCGCCAACAUCGCACCUUGCGCCGGGCCACGGUGUUCAUCGAUGGGGAAGCUGGCACCACUGGACUGCAGGUCCGGGAACGACUGGAAAAGCACCCAGAGAUCCAGAUCCUGAGCUUGGAUGCGGACAAGCGCAAGGACGAGGAUGCUCGCAAAGAGGCGCUGCAGACCGCCGACGCUGCAGUCCUUUGUUUGCCUGAUGAUGCUGCCAUUGCAGCGGUGGCACUCGCGGAAGGUUCUGAUACCGUCAUUGUGGACGCCAGCACGGCGCAUCGAGUUGCAGACGGCUGGCUGUACGGCUUCCCCGAGCUGAGCCCGGAUCAGGCCGAGGCGAUUGCGGAGGCCAAGCGCAUCGCCAACCCGGGGUGCUACCCAACAGGCUUCAUUGGCCUGGUGCGGCCGUUGGUGGACGCCGGUCUUCUGCCUGCGGAGACUGACACAGUGGUUCAUGCGGUGAGUGGAUACUCCGGCGGUGGCAAGGGACUCAUCAAGACCUAUGAGGAGGAGGACCAUGAGCCCUGGGGAGCGUACGGCUUUGCUCUGAACCACAAGCAUUUGCCGGAGAUGGCAAAGUGGACAGGCUUGAACAAGGAGCCGAUCUUCUGCCCUGCAGUGGGUGACUUCAAGCAGGGCAUGGUUGUGCCCGUGCCUCGUCGGUGCCACUGCGCUUUUCGCAGCUGCGAGCAGGAACCAAAGCUUCUGACGUGCACGAAGCCUUGGAAGCGCACUACAAGGGCAAGGAGUUUGUGUCAGUGA